CUCUCUUUUCUCCAUCUUUUGUUUUCUUUUUGGCGAUUCCCAUCAAUACAAAUCGACAUAUAUAUAUUUAUAAGGUGGUCUUGAUGCAGAGGUUACAUGCAUUGUAGUAUUAAAGAUUGAUUCUACUUCUCUCUCUCUCUCUGUUCUUCUUAUACAAAAAAAAACAAAAGCUUGAAUCUUUUAUCCUCUGUUUUGGCCCGGUAAAGAGAUGGCAAUACAAGCGCAGUUGCAUUACAACGCUUCGAACGCGAACCAAAUCGGUACUGGUGGGUCUUUGAUCAACAACAAUGGAGGAAUCGGAAUCGGAAUCGAUCAGUCGUAUAAUCUUCAGUCGCAGAAGGAUUUGAACCAACAUGCUCUGUUUCAACACCAACAGUAUCGUUCUCAGAGCGUUUUAGACGCUUAUAUGGAGAGACAGAGGCAAGAGAUCGACCAGUUCAUCAGAGUCCAGAACGAGAGGUUGAGAUACGCGUUGCAAGAACAGAGGAGGCAGGAGACGGAGACGAUGCUGAGGAAGAUGGAGACGAACGCUUUGGUUUUGAUGACGCGCAAGGAGGAGGAGAUGUCGAGAGCGCUGAGCAAGAACAUGGAGCUGGAGGAUCUGUUGAGGAAAAUGGAAAUGGAGAACCAGACGUGGCAGAGGAUGGCUCGCGAGAGCGAAGCGAUGGUCGCUACGCUUAGCUCGACGUUAGAACAGGUUCGGGAGAGAGCCGCCGCCUCAGCCGCGUGUUAUGACGAAGCGGCGGUGGCGGUGGAGGACGAAGGGUCGUGCUGCGGAGGAGGAGAUGGUUUCCCGGCGGAGAAGGUGAGGAGUUGCUGCUGGAAUUGUGGGUCUGAUGGAGAGACGAGAGUGCUGUUUCUGCCGUGUAGGCAUCUCUGUUGCUGCACGGGUUGUGAGGAGGGUCUUGUUCUUUGUCCGAUCUGUAGUACCCCAAAGAAGAAUAGGAUCGAGGCGUUUAUUUUCUGAGGGAAACUGUUUUUUUUUUUUUGCUUUUUUUUCUGAUAAUUGGAAGAAAAGCCCGUUAAGACCGGUCUCCGGUGAACGGAGAGAUUCUUACGCAGGGAAGAUGACGUGGCAGGGUGAUUUGUUUUUUUCGAGAAGUUUAGGGAAAAAAGGGAAAGUCAGACUAGGGAAAGGUUAUCGAGAAGUAAAUUCUUAUUUAGGGUUUUCUUUUUCUUCUUUUGUUUGUUUUUUUUGGAAUCAAUGGAAAGGAAAAAAUCCAGCCUGGAUUUGAUGAACAUAAAUCAUAAUUUUCUUUUUAUCAA